GCAUAACAGAAUUAAAUAUGUCGAUAAACUACUGAUAACUUGCAGUAAUUGAUAACAAAUACAAAUGGCAUGAGAAUAAAAACGACAAAAUAUGCAAAAAGUUUACUACAUUGAAAAGCUUGUAAAAUGAAGUACAUCAUUGGAUUCUUUUUCUGCUGCUUAGCCAGUUUGGUUGCAUGUGAUUCCGAAUGUUUUGUAAAAGACAGCAAGAAGUGUCAACAAGAUUGGCUUUUGAAUAAUCCAACAUUGCAUUACCAUUACUGCAAAAAAUCAACAAGCAUGACAAAAUGCUUACUUGAUGCUGCAGUAAAAUGCAAAACUGGUUUUGAGUUAAAAGGUGCAACUGCAUACGCUGCACAACUUGAAGUUUGCACUGAAGGUACUCCAUCAAACAAAGCUGUGAAAGGUGACCCAAAUUGUGGGUUUGAUAAUCUUUUAAUAGCUAGAGAUUGUGAUUGGGCAGACAGAGGAGGCAUAUGCAGAAAUCUUGACAACAGUAAGGUAUAUACAUGCGUGAAAGACCUGUUAUCAAAAUGCUCCGAUGAUACUAAUAAGGCCUUCAACAAAGCUUAUCUCACGUACAUAGAUCUGAUGAGAGAAGCUUGCAAGCUUUACGAUAUUGUUUAGAUGCCUAAAGGAAACAAGCGUUUUCUCUUAGAUAUCCACUUCAAUUUAUUUUCUUUGCGAAAAAAAAGCUGUUUGUCUGAUUCUUAUCAUAAGAUAUCUGUUGUUAAACUGUGUCUACUAAAACAAUAUGUAUGGUAAACUUUUCCAAUAAAAUAUUUUUAUACUUAAA